AUGGCGUCGCCCAGCGAAAGCCAGGAAAGCGGUGUUAACGAAGAUUUGGACGGGGAAAAUGUUGUUAAAUUGGAUGAACCUGUGGGAAAUCUGUCUAAAUACUAUGCUUUACCGCCAGGCUUUUCAGGAACGCCGAAAAAGGGCCACUUAAUGUUUGAUGCAUGCUUCGAAAGUGGAAAUCUUGGUAGGGUUGACUAUAUCACUGAAUUCGAAUAUGAUUUGUUUAUUCGUCCGGAUACGUGCAAUCCUCGCUUCCGUGUAUGGUUUAACUUCACAGUCGAGAACACAGCACCGUAUCAACGAGUCAUAUUCAAUGUGGUAAAUUUCAGCAAAACUAAAAGCUUAUACCGUGAAGGAAUGACUCCUUUGGUGAAAUCUACUAGCCGCCCGAAAUGGCAACGAAUCCCUGCUAAGAACUGUUUUUAUUACCGCUGCCCUGAUCAUAGGAAGAACUAUGUAUUGUCCUUUGCCUUUGCUUUCGAUAAUGAAACAGAUGUCUAUCAGUUUGCAUACUGCUUCCCUUACACUUAUUCUCGACUACAAGGUUUCCUGGAGGAGCUUGACAGGCGAAACUUAGAAUGUUAUAAACGGGAGUUGUUAUGUUUGACGGUUCAGCAAAGGAGAGUUGAUAUGAUUACCAUCACUUCACCGGAGAAUGUGAAAGAUGAUGUAAAAAAGAGGGUCAUUUUUUUGACAGCCAGGAUCCACCCAGGUAGGAAAUUAGCCUACUUUUGCUAGUCCUAUUUUUUAAAAUUAAAAGCUUACACAACAAGUGAAUGCUGUUUCGUUUAGCCUGCAUAGCAGGUGUCGACAGGGGUAGGGGAUAGGAAGGAAGGGAAAAAGGAGGGGGAUUGGGGAGAAAGGGUAAGGAAUGCCUGCUAUAAGAACCCCCUUUUGUUCAUUUCUGUGGACGCCAGCGUCCACAAAUUCCUGAUUGGCUGAGUCGUGAUGAGUAAUUUAUUAGCGUGUAUCCUGGCAUACAAACAUGAUGAAGGCAUCAAGGAAACGUGUUCUACUGGCAUAAGCUUUGGAAGAUCAAAAUUACUCCAAUCAUGUAGCAACUUCACGUUAAAACGGAACUGGAACCAACUGUAAUUAGCUUGUUUAGCGGGUAGAGAUGCUCAGGAGGUUUUGUAUACUGGAUUUGUCCAAACACUGUGUGGCAAUUCAAAGCGAUUGCGAUUCUUGCCACACACCUGCAAUACUGAUAUUCUCAAGACCCUGUUUUCCACAAAAACAUAUACUGUCUUGAAUGAACUUCUAAAUGGUACCGUUUGUAAAGGGAGAGCUGAAGCUUUGGUAAAAACUAUCCGUUGAGCUUUUUGAUAUAGUUUAUAAUCCUCCUUUCACUUUUCGCAUCUCAGGCUACUGGUGACUGUUCUAUUCUUUGUGACUGUUCUGUUUGAUGAGGUAAGACCAAAGGUCUUGUGUAUUCACACGAAACUGAUCAUUGUUUGUCGUAGACUGAGAGCAGUAAAAAAAGAGAGACUGCUCGUAGUCUAUAUGUUUGUCGUGUUUGCUUCGGGAGCAAGAACAGUAAAGAUGUUUUAUUUCGCUCAAUUAUGAUAUCACUUGAAGAAAGCGUCUUGACUUGACAAUUUCCGGUCAACAAAGUAAUUAAUUUCAGACCAUGCUGAGAAGCCCCCUGCUUGUGAUUGGUCGCAUAUUGACAGCUGACAUUAUCAGAAAAUGUUGGGCAGAAUACAAAAACGCUGGUGCUUAUAGCAGGUGCUCCCUUCCCUUUUUGCCUCUUUCGCGCUUUUUCCCUUUUUGCACCUGCCACACAGCCUAGUUUCAUUCGGUCUUGCGAUUUUUGGUGGCAUCUUAACCUGCGAUCAGGCUUUCCUUCUUCCCUUUUCCUUUUGGAGGCUUAGGGAAAAGGAUGCCUGAUACUUUACAUGUUGUCUCUCCGUAGUCCAGAAUCUGGACUUUUGUCUGAUUAGUGGAAAGACAAAAGAUUCUUCCAAAGCGCACACUGAUUGGUUACAAGCAACAUAUCUGACUUCCGGUUUAAUUAGAUUGGUUUUUCCACCUUCAUCUCUUUUUGACGAAACCACAACAUUGAGAAAUUGUUUUAACAGAACGCUAAUAGGUUUAAUUAAGACAAUGCACAGGGAAACACCUUGACAGCCGAUGGGGGCAAGUGGUUAUUUGUCAUCAGUAAGGACACCCAUUGUUUCUUCUUCGAUGCUUUCUCGCUUUGACCACAGGGCAGAAUUAUUUGAGGAGCAUUGUCUCGUCAACUUCAACUUCGUGGAACUGUGUAAAACAGUAGAUGAUUUUACAGCCGCACUUUUGCAAACGGAUAAGACCAUGAAAGAUUUGUUGCCACAGAAUUGAUUCCUACACUUUUGACCAUUGUCAGUAAAAUAAAGGAUCAUCUGUUUUUCCACUCUUGUUUUCAUUGAAUUAUUUGAUGUUUGACUUGACGGUUUGAACAAAGGUACCACAUAGCAACGGUUAGGUGGCAUUUGCAGUAACAACAGAGCUAAAUUUGUCUUUAAAAUUUGUGAUUAUUUCGUUUAUACGACUACAGCAUCAACUCGGCAUUCACUGCUUGCCUUAAUACAUAUCAAUUUGCGGCCGUUUAGACUUCCAUUACAAACCGUUUGAAUUUCCAGAGAAAUCUGACAAGAUUACACAACUGUUGACAGAUACCUUAAUUAGAGGGUGACAGAAGGUCUGCCGACUUUCAUAUUAUCCCCCAAAAAAGAAUGUUACAGUUAUUACAGACAGUACUCCUCAAAUGUGCGUUGACAGUCUCAACUCGAUCCUUAAAACUGGAUUUUUGCUUCUCAAAGGACAAACAACUCUAGUUUGGGGUUGUGAUAAUCAAGAAUAGAGCCAUGAGUCUCAAGGAUAAUAAAGACAUAAGUGACUGUCAAUGUACAAAUUCUACACCAGUGAACAGCCCUUCCAGUUGGGGCAAGGAGAGCAAAGGAGGCCAAGAAAAAUUGUUGAGAGGGUGGGAAAGUUUAAGCAUUGUUCUCAUAUGCUGCCCACCUACCUGUGACAUAAUUGGCAGUACUGCCUGGGAUACAGCUUCAACAGUUGAGAACGUACCCCACUAGCAACAGGAAUCAUUGCCAGAGUUUAAUACCAGCGGCCAAAAUGUGAGGGCUUGUUAAAAAUUAAUACAUCAACUAAUAUUGUGUAAUGUAGUGUCAAGUUAUGGGGUGUAUAUGGGAAAAAUAGAAAAAAUUAAUAUUGCCUUAUCUUCAGUUAUUGUGUAGCAAAGGAUUAUUAUUAAAAGAACCUUACUUUUGCUGUAUUUUGUAUUCCUGUGUCGUUUUGAAGCGUUUUGUGCUGGCUAUCCUGUCUUAAACUUCUGUUAGACCUUAUUAUGAAGGUUAAUGCAGUGUAGCAAACCAGCCCAAAACACUUCAAAACGACACAGGAACACAAAAAUUAAUAAUUAUGUAAAUUAAGUUUCUUUUAAUUUUUUGCUACACGAUAAGCUAAGAUAAGGCAAUUUUUUUUCUUAUUUUACUUUUCCCAUAUACACCCUAUGAAACCCUACGUUACACAAUAACGCAGUUGAUGUAUUAAUUUUUAACAUGCACUCACUCACAUGUUGAGUUUAGGAUGCCUGUGGUGUGCCUGCAUAUUUGAACUCAAGUCAAUUUUGCAUGGACGCCAGCAGUAAAUAGCAUGGCGACUCCUGUUCUCAUAUCAGAACAGUACCCCAGGAAUUACUGGAGACUGAGUGGCAGAUAGCUCAGUGGUACAUUAGAGCCGUGCUUCACAGGAAAGCAUUUCUGAGGCUGUUAACUUCUGGCAAAAGCUGCUGUGCAGUUACUGGUUUUCACUCUCACAUCCAGGAUGCAGCCAGGGUGUUCGAAGCACUGUCACUGUCUAGGUCUUCCCCUUUAAUACUCUUUCCUUACGAUUUGUUACUCAGCAUCUUGACUCUUUUCAGGUGAAACUCCAUCUUCAUACGUUUGUCAAGGAGUGAUUGACUUUCUAGUCAGUACCCACCCAGUUGCGAGAGUCCUACGAGAUUAUCUGGUUUUCAAAGUGGUACCAAUGCUUAAUCCAGAUGGAGUUGUACUUGGAAAUUACCGAUGCUCUUUGAUGGGUUUUGAUCUCAAUCGCCAUUGGCAAGAACCUUCACCAUGGGCACAUCCAACUCUGGUGGCUUGCAAGAACCAUUUAAUGGAACUUGACGGCGAUGAAAAUGUCCAUCUUGAUUUUUACAUUGAUAUUCACGCACAUUCCACCAUGAUGAAUGGAUUUAUGUAUGGCAAUAUUUAUGACGAGGAAGAGCGAUUUGAGAGGCAGGCCGUGUAUCCAAGACUUCUCUGUGCAAAUGCUGAAGACUUUUCAAUGUCAAAUACGUCAUUCAACAAGGAUGCUGUGAAAGCUGGCACAGGACGCCGUUUUCUUGGAAGUUGCCUUGAUCCGAAGACACACUGCUAUACACUGGAGGUAUCCUUCUUCAGCUACAACACAGCAGUUUCACAGGGAAUGUCGCCUUACACAGAGGAAGGUUACUUUAAAUUGGGACGUAACGUGGCCAGAACCUUCCUGGAUUACUACAAACUGAACUCUUUGGUCCUUCCUAUGAAGAAAAAUGCAUCAAAGUCGUCAGCUCAGAAAAGAGACCAUCAGGUUGAUAGUAAAAAACGCUCAUCUGGAAGAAGUGAGUAUGAUGGAAGGAUGUGAGAAGAAACACUUAUGCCCAAAAGGGACCAUUCAGGAUUCACACUUUACUGCACAAUGAACUUAUUUGUUUAUUUAGAAACUUUUUUGUUUCAUUUUAGUUUUGGAAGCUUUAUCUGUUUAUUCCCUAAUAAAUGUAUGAUCCAUUUACGUCAUUUCAUUCUUAGUGGUUGUAAGCAAAGGAUGUUUUUAUUUAGUAGUUUGGCUUUUCGUACACGGGGAAACCUCAGUUCACAAGCGUGCGUUCUUGCCUCCUGUGAUCUUGUAAACUUCCAUAAUCGGUGAGUUUUUUAAUGAUCUUGUGUGGACAUGUAUUCCCAGUGUACUUUUUUUCUGUACGUCCCAGAUGUUGAGCCAGGUCUGCAC